AUGCCGCUCGGAUGCCCAGAUCGCCCAGAGGUUGGCAGCGCGUACCUGACCUCGUGGAGCCGGACGAUGCACACCUUGCCCUGGAGGCGUGACGAUAAGGCAGAGUGGCGCGAUCGCAUCAAGUGCGAGGUCGAGCGCAGGCAGGAGCUCGACGCCUGGUGCGGUGUGCCUGGGACGAGGAUGCUCUUCGUGCCGUCUGGGCCGGGCAGCUCCGUCGGGGCCUAUGAGGCGUCGCUCCUCCAGGUGCCCUUCCGCCUGGAUGACCCGGCCGGCCCAGACUCGUUGCCGCUGCUGGCGCCGACUCCGGUGGCGGGCGCGACGGCCGAGGACUUCGAUGAGGCCGACGAGGCCGAGGAGGCCGAGGAGGCGCCUUCGGCGGCCCCAGCGCGCUCCUUGGGCAAGCUCCGGGCCAGGGCUGCAGACACGCGGGCGCGCACGGCGUCCUAUCAGCAGCAGCGCGAGGGGCAGGUGGUGCACACGGUGGACAUCGACGACUUCGAGGCCGCGCCAGCGCUCCAGAUGAGCGCUGUCCAGGUGCAGCAGGCGACCGAGGUCGAGCCGCAGAAGUCCAGCAGAGAGAGAGAUGCCGACCAGUCCACAGAGAGGGCCAGUGUUGAGGCCACGGAGAAGGUCGAGCUGGAGGCCCAGGAGAAGGCCGAGGUUGGGGCCCACGAGACGCUCAAGGCCGGUUCAACGGAUCGGAAGGCCGAGCGCGAGGCCAGGGAUGAGGCCAAGAGGGAGCGCGAGGCCAAGCGGGCGGAGCGGAACGCCCAGAGGAAGGCCGAGCGCGAGGCCAGGGAGAGGGCGACCGCAACCGAUAAUGUGCAUGUUGCCAUCGAUGGCGUGGGUUCGCACGCACCAGAGGAGGCCGAUCUUAACGCCCAGGAGGUUGCUGAGGAGGCUGCCGAGCGCGCACAACUGGCCGAGUUUGAGGCCAAGAGGAAGGCCGUGUCGGUAGUCCAGACGAACGCUCUCCAGUCACACCAGGAGGCCGAGGCCGACGUCGUCAAACCCGAGCGCGAUUCCAGCCAAAUGGUUGAGCAGUCCACGGAGAGGGCCGAGGUUGAGGCCAAGGAGAAGGUUGUGCUGGAGGCCGAGGGGAAGGCCGAGGUUGAGGCCCACGGGACGCUCAAGGCCGGUUCAGCGGAUCGGAAGGCCGAGCGCGAGGCCAGGGAGGAGGCCAAGAGGGAGCGCGAGGCCAAGCGGGCGGAGCGGAACGCCCAGAGGAAGGCCGAGCGCGAGGCCAGGGAGAGGGCCGCCGCCGCUGCGAACGCAGAGCCCCCGACGGGGCGCGCUCCCACGAGGGUGCACGUUCCCUCUCCCAAGGCAGCUGGCUGCUACCUCCGCCUGCACCACGGGUGCCCGUUGCACCCCAUCUCCACAGUGGUAUGGCACCGCGUGAUCGCCGCCACAGAUUUCCACCAGUGCGAAUCGGCGAAGGGCCGCAUGGACACCUUCUGCGGCCAUAGCAAGACGUCCUUUUAUACCCGAGGGCGAGGUCAGCGCAGUGCUCAAUGA